AUGGGAAAUCUUCUGCUUGUGGUACUCGCGCUUACCGCAGCACUUGUCCUACCGCUUCUCAAGAAAAUUAUCUUUCACAGCGGUGAAAGCGGCAAAAAGGGCAAUAAGAGGGAACAGGACGAAAGCAAGUACUAUCGCAAGGCCGAAUAUGUGUUAGUUGCGAUGAUCGAGAUAGCCAAUCUUAUCAACUUGAUUAUACUUAUCGCAUAG